AAGAUGACUAAUGCUGAGCUGCCUCCGUCGCCCCCCCGGAAGCGCCGCCGCUGCUGCUGCUGCUGCUAGGCCGGUUUGUUUGUAAGUGGCCGAAAACAACAUGGCGGCGCCAGGUGCGGCAGAGCGCGCACGGCGCGGAGAGGGGCCGGGGUGGCCCCGGGCUUCGGCCCCUGACACGGAGCGUCCUGUCCCCCGGGAGCUCGUGCGGCCGUCGGUGACGGAGCUGUCCCGGGCCGUGCGGACCAACAUUCUGUGCACGGUGCCCGGCUGCGGCAAGGUCCUGCCCAACAGCCCGGCCCUGAGCAUGCACCUGAGCAAGGCCCACCGGGUCCAGGAUGGAAAAAUAAAUGCAUCAAUAAGAAAGGGUUUGAAAACUACACAGAAAUUCUACUGCUGUCCUAUUGAAGGCUGCCCUAGAGGACCAAACAGACCAUUUUCCCAAUUUUCACUUGUAAAACAGCACUUUAUGAAAAUGCAUGCUGAAAAGAAGCACAAAUGUGAUAAAUGUAGCAACUCGUAUGGCACGGAAUGGGACUUGAAACGACAUAUAGAAGACUGUGGCAAGACUUUCCAGUGUACUUGUGGGUGCCCUUAUGCCAGCAGAACAGCAUUACUUUCUCAUGUUUACAGAACUGGCCAUGAGAUCCCUGCAGAGCACAGGGAUCCACCUAGUAAGAAAAGGAAAAUGUGCACUGUGGUUUCCAAUCAGCACUUGGCAGAGAAAGCGAGUGAAGCAUUCAUCAAUGCACGCAUCAGUAGUACUUGCACUCAGGAAUUGGAAUCGUCUGAGAUGAAACUAAUGGCCUCCUUUGAAGGCUCCUGCAGUUCUAAUAUCAGUAAGCAAACGCUCUCACAGCCAAAGUGUACACCGAAAAUGCUUUUGCCAAAGCCCAAAGUAGCUCUGGUUAAACUUCCAGUAAUGCAGUUUGCUCACUUACCUAUUUUUGUUUCAGCAACAGAUUCCUCUGUCAAACCUGUUGUGGUGACUGUUGAUAAUCAAGGCUCUGUUAUGAGUACUGUUCACUUAUUACCUCAGUCUAUAGGAAUUCUGAUACCAGCAUUAGAGGCUGAAGCACUUGUAUUUAAAGACACUGUGCCUAUUUCAAAAACGGCAAAUUCUGGUGAUGUUGAACCGAUUAGCAACAGUGUCCAAGUCAAUUUGAGUAAGGUAACCUCAAAUAAUACAGUACAAGAGCUGGGGAGCAUGUGUCACAAGAAUAAAAUCUCUUCAAUAAAUGUACAAACUGACUUAUCUUACAUUUCACAGAACUUUGUGCCAUCUGCAGCCUGGACUCCUGAUUCUUCUGUAUCCUCUUGCUCUCAGACAGACCUGACAUUCAGUUCACAGGUUUCGCUACCGGUUAGUGUUCAGACUCAGACACUGUUGCCCAGUUCUAAACUGACUUCAUCCAUAGCUGCCCAGACUGAUGCUUUUGCUCAGGCUUGUUUCCAGUCAUCUGGUGUAUCUAGAGAGACUCAAACCAAUAGAACACAGAAUUCUAUUGAAGGGAGAAUACAAAUGGACCAGGCUGUAAUGUGCAAUGACAUUUUUGCCAGUGUUCAUUCAGUUUACAAUGUUUCAACCCAGAUUGGGCUCGCAGAAAACAAUUUAAUGGCUGCAAACAUGGAUCAAGGAUUGCUACAAAGAAGUAACUGCAAGACCCUGAAUCAGGAUACAAUAAAAACUGAAUCCAUUAUCAACUUCAAUACACAGACUAAUAUACUGCCACAGCAAAAUAUGACAGAUAAUCAAACCCAGACAAUGGACUUACUAAGUGAUCUGGAAAACAUCUUUUCAGGUAAUAUGUCUGGCCAGACAUUGGAUAAUCGUGGUCUUUUGUCUGACACUAGCUCUGGUGCUGAUACACAUCUGCCAUCUGGCCCUACACAGAGCACAGGAAUAGACUUUGACAUUGAAGAGUUCUUUUCAGCUUCCAAUAUUCAAACCCAAACUGAGGAGAGUGAACUUGGUAAUCUGAACUCUGAGCCGGUCUUGGAAUCUCUGGACAUUGAAACACAGACUGACUUAUUUUUUUCGGACAGUGCCACUCAAUCCUAUAGCUGCAGAGGAAAUUCUAACUUUUUAGGUUUGGAAAUGUUUGAUACCGAGACACAGACAGACUUAAAUUCCUUCUUAGACAGUAGCACCCAUUUGCCUUUGGGAAGUAUUUUGAAGCAGUCCAGCUUCUCCAUGAGCACUGACUCGUCUGAUAAUGAAACGCAGACAGAAAUACCCUCUGCUGCUAAACAUACAGCUAGUCAAAAUAUAGAAAAUAAAGUCCAGCUGAAUAGUGCUGAAACACAGACUAUGGAUAGCUGCUUUGAGACCCUUGGAAGCCUAUUCCUUACCAGCAAUGAGACACAGACAGCUAUGGAUGACUUUCUUCUGGCUGACUUGGCCUGGAAUACAAUGGAGUCACAGUUCAGUUCAGUAGAAACACAGACCUGUGCAGAAUUGUGUUCCUUUGUUUGUCAGAAGUUUGGAACAAGCCAUUGAGUGCUACUUAAUAAAAUUGUUUUUCUUGCAGUUUGAAACUAAGUUAUUGGGGUGGAGAGCGGGAGAAGGGACUGACCAAGUUAUCUACGUUGAAUGUAGUUGCCCGUAUGCCGAUGGUCUAAAAAAACCUUUUCAUGCAUAAGGUACUUCAGCUAUUGUAUAUGUAACUUAAACAUAGAAUAUGUGUACAUGUUUGUAACCUGUUAAUGUAAGUUUGAACUUUAAAGUGAAUGUUCUCAUGGUGCCUGCCGUUGUUGAUCUGUGUUACAAAGCUAUAUCAACAUGUCCAUUGAACCUCAGUUCAGGCUUUUAUAUUUGUCUAUACCUAUAUAUUUCUGGCUCAGACCUAGGCCUACUUCUGCAUCAAGACAGUAAGCCUAUCUAAUUCUGACACAUCUCGCUCACCAAAAAAGCCCUUAUUGGCAUAAGCUGCUUUUUUGUUUUUUAAAGUCUUAAAUUUGACAAGAUUAUAAUAUGGCAAGGUUUACCAGUCCUAUACAAAAAUAGAUGUUGAGGAAUGUAUUUAGUAGAUGUAGUUUCCAAUAAGUUGUCCCAAAAAAUGAACCUGUAACACAAAUUUGCUGAUUAUUACAUAUAUAAUUUAAAGUGCAACUAAUGUGGGUAGCGACACUUCUGCAGCCCCUCAUGCCCCUGGCUUCACUGUAAAGCAUUCCCCUUCAGCAGUUACCUGUUAAAAGCUGAUGAUACUCAGAAAAGCAUGGUGAUUUUCUUCAUCUACUGUCAUCUCCUAUCUGGUCAGUUACAACAGUCAUCUAUUUCAAUGGAGAGGCAGUUACUCUGAUGUGACUUUCUGCUCUGUGAGCCAGUCUUCAGCCUUGCAUCACUUUUUUCCCCAUCUUUUAGUAUUUCUGAGGUUACUAACUUUUUUGUAUUUUCUUGUAACUUUAUUUCAGGAGCAUCCAGUUCUGCCUUGAAGGUCAGUCUGGAAGGCUGGUUGCAGCUGUGCCUUGCCUUAGAGCACCUGUGUGUGCCAUCCAGAAAUAUUUGGAACAGAUUCCAUGCUCCCCUGUCUCCAGUUUAUGGAAAAGGAAUAGCUCUGAAGAUCAGCGUGUAAAAGGCACAGUCCUCUAUCUGUGCUGGUAGGAGACUCAAAGUGCGACUGGUUUGGUGCAGCCAGAGUGAUGGUGGCAGUUGCAGAUGGAAUUUGAGGUUCCAUUGGUGUUUGAAGCACUGCAGUGAGGUCACAAUGCCUCAACACACUAGCGAGAUCUGUUGUCUUAGUGUGUUGUCAGAGCUUGGCACACUAGAGUAAUUUGUAAUGUUGGGGCCUAGAUUGCCUUACCAUUUCAUCAGAGUAUGGUGAACUUGCAGGGCACUGACAGCACCAUUGAUCUAUCAGGGCUUGCUGCGCCAUUGGAGUUUGAUGCACUAGCAGAUAAUCUUGGAUCACAUCAGUGCUGGGUGCUACAGUGAUACUCUCCCAACACAGGCACAUCUUAUUCCUACUCGUUCCUGUUCCUACUUCCAAUAGGCUGGGUCAGUGCUAUUUGGUGGUGGCUCAAAACAGAGGCUUGGUGUAUUUCUGGUUAGCAUGCCAGUCGGUAUCUUUGAGGGGACUUGGAGCAUUGGCCUGUUUGUGUACAAACAUACCAGGCAUCGACAGUAUGGAGUAACUUAUAUGAUGUACAGGUGCAUUGCCCAGCUGUUCCCCUGCUGCACUAGGCAGAUGUUCACCCACAGCACUAGUGCCGAGGAAGUGAGUUUGAGGUGGUGGUGGUUGGUACACCGUAGCGCCUUCUUUAUGGGGGAGUUUUUUAUGGUGGUGGCUUGAAUUGCUUUGCCUCAGAGCAUUUCAGACCUCCUUUACCCAACCCCAACUUCUGCAUGAUCGCUUGUUGUAAUAGACAAAAAAGUUGUGAUGGGGAUAGCUUAGUAUGAUGUGCAGUGGAUGUAUUGCAUACCUGAGCUCCCAGGCACACCAAUUUCUAUGCCGCUGCAGCCCAUUCUUCAGACCAGUGUUUCAUAGUUGCAUUUUGGGGCACUGCUGUAGUGUGCCAAUCAGUAAGGCAUUGUCUGUACCUAUCUUGGAGCAUUGGACAGAUGAGAAAGUCAGAUACAUAGACAUCAGUAUAUCGGGGGCCACUCCCAGGCAUAAGAUCAACUUCUUGGAGAGGUUUGCCCAUCUGUGUCUGCCUUUGAGAAGAUAAGGUUUGGGCUUUGCCCUAAAGCACCCAGCUUGAGCUGUCCAGUGGCCUUGAGUCCUGCAGUCUUCAUAAACUGAGAGGAAGUGUGAGACAUGGUGUUCUAACUGGGAGUAUUUGCCAGUAGGUGGCAGGUACCAGUUAAGACCAUAGUGAAACUUGAAUUUUGAUUUUUGCAAUAGUAUUCUGGUACUUGUGAUUGGAUGUACCACAAGACAUGAUUUCAAUGGGCCUGAAGUCCAGGGAAGAACAAAUACAUAAUUCAUAUAGACAAAUGAUGAAGACUGAGCUUGUCUCCCUUAACUGUGGUCACCAGACCUUCAUUCAAAUUCCAUUAAGUCAAAGUAUGCAGCUUCCUGUGCUGUCCAAUUGGUAAUUGCCUUUAGGUAGCCACAUUCUCUACUUGUAGAUGUAUUUGGGAUGCAUGUUGGCUAUAUGAGCUCAUUGCAGUUUCUGGUCUCUUCUUUGGUUGCCUGGGGGCAUGUUUACUAAUCUAGGGUCAUGACUGAACUCAAGAGUUUUGGCUUCUCUCUCAAACUUUAGUAAAACUCCUCAAUGUUGUGUGUUGCCUCUCACUAAGCUGAUGUAUGUCCAGUUACUUUAUUGACUAGAGGAGUAACACUUUUGGCUGCAGCAGAAAGAAAGAGGCUGGAUUAAGCACUCAGCAUAUCCCUGCAAGUAUAUUCUUAGUUGGUCAUUUUAAAGGUCAUGCACAGAUCCCAGAGCAACUCCUUAGCACAUUUUGUUCACUGGUGGUAAUAAGGAUCCAAGAUCCUGCUUUCAAUUUUGCAAAGGCAAAGGAACACUUGCUUACCCACAGGAAGCGGGGAGGUAUUGGGUAUAUGUCUGACACUAACCAGUCGCUCAUCUGUGUAGAAGUUUUUGUUUCUGGAGUCCUGAUGGAGGUGAUCUAUAGCCUGUCCUUUCUGGGCACAGCUCCCAGCCCAAAACUGAGAAUGUUUCCCUCUUUACUAUGUAGGACUUAACCAAUGUGCUAGAUGGAGGUGACUGUUCUGUUGCAGGAUAUUCCUUUGUCAAAUCAGUCUUUUCUUGGGAAGGCUUUUGACUUUUCCUGCUUUCUUAAACGUGCUAUUAUCAAGCCAACAGACUCAGCUGAUGGGCAUCUCUGCCCCUGCUUGAAAUUGUGUAAUGCAAACAACAAAUCCUUCUACAUACCUGCCUUGCAAUGCAUGCCCUAUGCUGCUUGUCACCUGUUUAAUAUCUCCCUGACAUUCUCAGACGUGGGAGUGUCAUGGAAGUCUCCACAAUCCUGAGUGUACUAAACUGCCUUUUGCUAUUCUAGCUCUCCAUGAUUUGGUGAGUCUGCUGCUUUGUGGAAAUUCCCCUCAAAUUUCUUUCCUCUAGAAGCAGGAGCCCAGUCACCGUGGUAUGUUGAGAGAAGAGAAAAUUACUUGCAUGUAAUUCUGAUUCUCUGAAGAUAUUGUAUGACUGACUGGAUUCCUUCUCGUCUAUCCAAUUCUUUUGAGAGACAGAUAAAGUAUGGCUGGAUGAAUCUAUCCUAUCUUUUACUAUUUGUAGCAAUGUUUAUGCUUUGGUUUUAAGAGUUACUUCCCACUGGCUUACUGUAGAACUAGAGAAUGCAUUUCUUAGUGCAUAGAUGGCUGUGGCUAUCCAACUGAUGCACUGAUUAUAUUGACAUCUCAAAGUGGAAGUUAGAUAAAUAAGUUCUCAUAGGUAAUUGCUUCAAUCUCUUGCUCAAAAAGAACUAGCAACUGGAGAACAAGCAGAGGUGUACAGAGGUGGAACAUACCACCUGCUGUGGAAGAGAUGAUAAUGUGGGGACUCGGCAGCCCUGCACAACUUGACAUUUUGGAAGUUCAGGCUUUGUUCCAGAAGCCCAAAACUCAAGAGUGGAGAUCAAUUUCUGUGAUGUGUUCGGAGUGUGGAAUUACAGCAGGUAAGUUUCCCACUACUAGCCCCCUAAGUACUACUAGCCACCUCACAGGCUCGUGAUGCCGAGCUGCAGGUUAUCCUUUCUUUGGUUUAAGCCUAAACCUUUUUUACAAAGGGGUGAAUUGUGCAUGCACUGUUACCAGUGACUAUGGCCUAAAGGAAACCAGCAGCAUUUUUCAGUAGAAAUGAUUUUACACUGCUGGUUCCCAUGAACAGUUGUCUUAUUUCAGUUCUCUAAAAUAUGCAGUUACAGAGCACAGUAAUACGACAGGGCUUUGAUGCUGAAUUUGGCCCCAUUUCUCCCAGCCCCCACAGGAUUAACAUUUGAGUAUUACCUUAAAUGAGUAUGGUAUUAUCACAAUUUGAAUUUGUUAAAUAAAAUCCAGUGGCAUGAAAACAAUUUAACAGUAAAUAUACCUUGUUUUGAUGGACAUGGGUCACUUUUGACUGAAGGUAACUCUGGGACUAAACAAAUGUGAUGUGUUCAUUCUGAUUGAAGAAAAUUAUUUACAUUGGAAAUUAUGAAAAUGGGGCUGUGGAAAAUUCCUUACACGAAAAGAAUGGAUUCCACAUCAUUAAGAUAUCCCUAGUUCUGAAUUUAUUAACACUUGUAAUAGACGAGAGAGAGAGAGAGAGAGAGAGGUCACAACCAAAUUUGGCCCUAUUGUGCUAGGCACUGAACAAAUGCAUUAAAACUUGAUUUGAAAUCUUCAGUUAAUAUUUUUCUCUUCCAAACUAAUUUUUUUUCUUUUUUCAAUUUCAAUUUUUCUUGCAUUGCCCUUCCAACAUAAUUUGCACUACCUUAAGUGUGUCAGUCAGCAAGAUUGAUUUUAUGCAGGAUUCUUUCCCAGUAUUAUUAACAGUGACUUAGAUGUUUCACUACCCUUUGGCUGGCUGGUGAAUAAAGGGAGGCUUUGUUUUUGGUACCCAAAAUAGCCAAUGGUUUCCCCAUAGCCUUGCCACACAGACUUUUUUUCCAAAUAGUCAUACUUGCACAUCCUGCUUUAUCCCAAUUUCUCACCCUUGCAACUAUUGGAUCUCAUAAUUCUUGUGUUAGACCACUCUGAAUUCCACUCAAAUGGGCUGUGAUUGGUCACCUAAUCAUGCAUCCCAUGACCUGUUUGUUUGUGGGGAAAACUUGAAUGUAGGAUUUGCCACUAUGAAUCAGCCAACUGGUUAAUCAAAUCCAGUAUUCUACUGCUGGCAGUGCUUAUUACCUGAUCUUUCAAAGGAAGAUGAAAAACCCUAAAAUGCUCUAGGGCCUGAUCCAAAGCCAUUGGAAUAGAUAGUAUCUCUGUUGCUCUCAGUGGGCUUUUGGAUCAGACCUUUAGAAAACCAUACAAUACUUUCGGCCAGAGAUGAAUUCUUCCCUGCUCUGUCACAAUCAUUUUACUGUGCCCUGAAGCAUGAGUUAAGAUGAAGGUGCUCUACUUUCCUUGGCUGGCUGUAAAUAAAGUUGAAUGUUAUCUUGUCUGUCUAAAGCAUCCAGUUUUUCAAAGGGUGGUAAAAGCAAUCCAGAGACAAAUCUAUAUUGUCUCUUGGAUACAUCCACAUAACCCUCAUGGCAUGCAGAUUUACUGAGAGAAACACCAAGGGCAAAACAUUUAAAUGGAGGAGUAAUGCAACUGUGGACACUUCUAACUUAUGUGCAUUAGAGAUUUGGGUGCUUUUAUUGUAAAUAGGGUAUUUACAAAAAAACUGGCUUUAGCUUCUGAAAGAAUACUGACACUUGUAUGCAAAUUAAACAUGUUGCACUUUCAUUCAUUAACACAAAGGAGACGUAAACAAAAGUGCACUUUUCAGGGCACAGUCCCUUUCUUAUAUUCUGCAAAAUAUAAGCAAAAAGACAGCUGAAAAACUAGAUAUGUCAAACUUAACAAUGAGUUGCCUUGCUUUUUUAUUGGUAUCACUAUAUAUUGGUAAAAGUUUACGUUAAGCCCUGAUAACAGAGAGGAGGCAUGUUUGUUUAUACUGUGGAGAUAUGCAGGCAUCCAUUUAUGUGUAUACACUUGUAAAUACUUAUUUGAGCUAUUAUUUGAUAGCAUGAAAAAACACUGUUUAAAUUGCAGGGAAGUUUUUGUUUCCUCAGCCUGACAGAAUCAGGAUAUUGGCAGUCUAGGAUAAUAUAUGGAAUUCUCUUAAACAUACAUGUACAUUUUAUGUACACAAAGCGAAGUAGCUAGUGUGUAGAAACUCUUCUCUUCGAUGUUAUCUGAAAUCCUAAAGCAGCAUAAAGCAUUUAUAUUCAGUUAAGAGUUAAACAGCUUAAAGAAACUAAGACUGUAGAACUGGUCAUGCUGAACUUGUUCAAGCUAUAAACCAUUCCAGAUCCACAUCUGUUUUUUCCCAAUUUACUUUUUCAUAAAUUUCCCUUGAAAAUGUUAUCUCCAAGUACACAUAUGCCAUGCCUUUUUUAAGUCUAAAUUCUGCUGUUACUCAUGUGUACAUAUAAAUUACCUUUCAGAGUAGCAGCCGUGUUAGUCUGUAUCCGCAAAAAGAAAAGGAGAACUUGUGGCACCUUAGAGACUAACAAAUUUAUUUGAGCAUAAGGUAAUAGAGCAUGUUUCUAACUUAACAAAAUGACUAUGUUCUGCUAUCUUAGGUCCUGGUCCUGCCAAUAUUUGGUACAUUUUUAACGUUAAGCAUGUGAAUAAUGUAAUUUAUUUCAGUGGUACUGCUCACAUUCUUAACUUUUAAGUGCAUAUGUGUUGGAAAGGUUAAAAGGUUAUCUAAUAUAAAGUUACGGGUGUAGAAUGUACUUGAAUAAAGCAUGGAUGUGCAUAAUAUGGGUAUGCUUUGUUCGCUCAAUGUAAAUCAUUCUUCAUUUGCUAAAGAAAUAUCUGGUGCUGAAAUUACAACACUGAAGUCAACCAAAUUAUGUUUAAAUGAUCUUUUAUCAUGAAAGUUGUGCAGAGUAAUGCUCUAGUUUCCUUCACUUUAAUCUAAUUUGGGGAUGCUCUUUGUCAUUUUGACAACACAAUCUGCACGUGAAGAUUUCCGUUGUUCCAAAUAAACAUACUCCAAAAUGUCAGUUUUGAGGUGGGCCUUUGUAGUCUCACUUUGAUUUGUUUAAAAAUGCUGCUGUGCUUGUGUUUCAACAAACCUACUGCAAACAGGCUCUCGUUCCUAAUGCUCUCUUUAAACCUAGGUGGUAAAUAUCCAGGGGAAGGGAGUAUGAUAGUGACCAUGCACUUUUUCUGAAUGCAUGGUGCAAAUUUGCAGGAAUUUCAGUGGUUCUCAAAAGCUCUGAAGCUUUUUUUUUUUUAAACCAGUUGAUGUGAAUUAAAGUCUACAUGCUUGAACGGCAAACAAGUCAGUGGAAGGAUUUGCCAGCCUACAGCUAGCAGGAGUACUAUUAUUAAAAUUCCUUUGCUAUGCAAUGAAUAGACUCAAAGGGCCAGAUUAUUCAACUCUGUAUUGACCUGCAUUCAGGUUGAUGCAAAGUUUGUCUGUUUUGUGUGUGCAUAACUCUUCCAGUUCACUAAAAACUAGGGUAGUGGACAUCCCCAAAUGAGUUUUCUGCUACUUAAAAAAAAAACAAAAACUGCUGAGCAGUUUCUGAUUUAUACAGUCCCAUAAAUGAUCCUUUAUUCUGCCUUUUAGAUGGAAAACAUUAGAUAACUUCAGAAGCUGCUGAUGCAAUACAUCGAGUGGAUUAGUAAAUUUCAAACAGUGGUCUCCAUUUUGGAAUGUGCAGUUUUGCCAAUGCAUGUUUCAAGCACUCACUUGGCUGCAGAGCAUACCAUGCUCUACAUAUAUUUGCAAGAGCACAUAUGGAAGGGGUAGGCUAUGAGCCAUGUUUUCAACAGGCCUUAUUUUCAUUUUAACCACUUAUUAGAAUUUAGCCACUGAUUAUGUUUCACUUGCAUUUAAAAUUAUUUGGAAUGGAUAAGUACAAAACUCCAUGGAUGAGUCUGUUCCAAAGCAUAUUGAAGUAGCUAGAUUUGUCAACCACAUUUGAAAUAUCAGAAGUCUGUUUCAUCCCCUCACUGUAUGAAGUUUGAGCUUCUAGUAGGGUGACCAGAUAGCAAGUGUGAAAAAUCAGGAUGCAGGGGGGUGGUCGGCAUUUAUAGAAGAAAAAGCCCCAAAUAUCAGGGCUAUCCUUAUAAAAUCAGGACAUGUGGUCACCCUAGCUUCUAGUGGACAAACUUCAGUUUCAGAAGGAUGGUCCUAUUUGACUUUUGCCAUUUUAGCCAAUUCUAAUAAACAGCCAGAAGCAAGUGAGUUUUUUGUUCUAUAUAAAAUUUACAAGUGGCAAUCCCAAAGAAGAAACAUCUUAAUAGUUGUAAAACUGUUUAGUAUAAUGCAUGCAAAAAGAACCUGUGCCAAAAGUUUUUUUUUUGCAUUUGUCUCGUUACCUUCUAAAGUUGUACUGUUAGAUACAUAAAGCUACAAGUAAAUUAUUCAUAAGUGUUACAAUGCUUUUCACCAAUGAAGAAUUUCAGUAAUCUUGUAAAUGAUGCAUAAUACAUUGGAGUAAAGUUAAUUUCAAUCUGA